AUGGACCCGUCCACGGCCAAGGCGGCCGCGCCGCCCAAUAAUGCGGACCACGUCCUCCUCAUCCCGCCCGACCACCCGCCGCCGCCAACGCCGCCGCACCCGAGCAAUAACCAGCAGCCGAACCCACCGCCGGCGGAGACACAGACAUCCAAACUCUCGCAGAACCCCGAGAAGCAUCCGACCUCCAGUCCCUCGCGCCCGCCGCUGCCCCCCGCGGCGCUCCUCCGCCGCCGCUCCUCCAUCGCCAAGCCCAAGUCGCGCUUCGUCGAGCCGCCCACCCCGACGCACCUGGACUCCGCCGACCCCUCCCCGGUCCACCCCGCCGCCGCCGCCGUCGCCUCGCUGACCGCCACCCCGACCCAUCGCUCCGCCGCGGGCGUCUCCACCCCGCACACCCCCGCCGAGGCCGACGACGACGAGGACCUCUUCCGCAACAAGGAAGGCUCCCGCGCGCCGGCGUCCGCGGCGCGCUGCCGCCGCCGGGUCCGCCUCGGCCUCCAGCUCUCCGUGCUCGUCCUCUUCCUCGGCCUGCUCGUCGUCAGCCUCGUCGUGCCGCCCCUGCAGGGCCGCGUCCUGUGGGGGCCGGAGAUCUGGAAGUGGUGCGUCAUGGUCAUCGCCGUCUUCUCCGGCCACCUCCUCAGCCAGUGGCUCGUCAGGCUGCUCGUCUUCGUCGUCGAGCGCAACUUCCUGCUGCGCACCAAGGUGCUCUACUUCGUCUUCGGGCUCAAGAAGAGCUUCCAGGUCUGCCUCUGGCUCGCGCUCGUGCUCAUCGCCUGGUCCCAGCUCUUCAACAGCGACGUCGGCCGCUCCCAUAAGACCGCCAGGAUCCUCAACUACGUCUCCAGGUUCCUCGCCUCCAUGCUCAUCGGCUCCGUCAUCUGGCUCGUCAAGACCUUCCUCAUGAAGGUGGUGGCGUCCACGUUCCACCGGAAGACCUUCUUCGAUCGGAUCCAAGAGAGCGUGUUCCAUCAGUACGUGCUGCAGACGCUGUCGGGCCCGCCGUUGAUGGAGCUGGCGGAGAAUGUGGGGCGGGAGGGUAGUGGCCUUGGGCGGGUCAGCAUCAGCAGGGCCAAGGACAAGCAGGAGAAAGGCGUGCCGGAGGUGAUCGAUGUUGUCAAGCUCAGGAGGAUGAGUCAGGAGAAGGUCUCAGCAUGGACGAUGAGAGGGCUCAUCACAGCAAUCCGAAGCUCUAGGCUGUCAACCAUUUCUAAUACUAUCGAGAGCUUUGAUGAUGUAGAUGGCAUGGAACAGAAGGAUAAAGAGAUAAAUAGUGAAUGGGAGGCCAAGGUCGCGGCAUAUGCCAUAUUCAAGAAUGUCGCAAGGCCCGGCUAUAAGCACAUUGAAGAGGUGGAUCUGCUGAGAUUUUUCACCAAGGAGGAGGUGGACCUGGUGAUUCCAAUGUUUGAGGGAGCAUCAGAAACCGGAAAGAUAAAAAAGUCUGCUCUAAAGAAUUGGGUGGUGAAAGCAUACCUCGAUCGCAAAUCACUAGCACAUUCUCUGAAUGACACAAAGACCGCAGUUAUGCAACUUCACAACCUCAUCAGUGUUAUAAUCAUCAUUAUAAUCAUCAUCGUUACGCUACUGUUGAUGGGCAUCGCGACAACCAAGAUCCUUGUUGUCAUCUCGUCCCAGCUUCUGGUUGUGGUAUUCAUAUUUGGGAAUGCAUGCAAGACUGUAUUUGAGGCCCUUAUAUUUGUAUUCAUCAUGCAUCCAUUUGAUGUUGGUGACCGCUGUGUUAUCGAUGGAACACAGAUGACUGUCGAGGAAAUGAAUAUAUUAACCACUGUUUUGUUGAAGAAUGACAACGAAAAGAUAUAUUAUCCGAAUUCUGUGUUGUCCACAAAGCCAAUCAGCAACUUUUACCGAAGCCCUAACAUGUAUGACACGAUUGAUUUUGCAAUUGAUGUUUCAACUUCAGUUGAGAGCAUUGGAGCUUUGAGGUCCAAAAUUAAAGGGUACUUGGAGAGCAAACCAACACAUUGGCACCCUGUCCACACAGUAAACCUGAAGGACAUCUUGGAUGUGAACAAGAUCAACAUGUCUCUGUGUGUCCAGCACACCAUGAACUUUCAAAAUAUCCGGGAGAAGAACAUCAGGAGGUCUGAGCUCGUUAUGGAGUUGAAGAAAAUAUUCGAGGAGAUGUCCAUCCGGUACCACCUUCUACCCCAGAAAGUUGAACUCGCCUAUGUCAGUCCGAACCCACUGCCCAUGGCUGUUUCUCAUACAAGAUAG